AUGCCUCCCAAGCGGAAGCGUUCCAGCAAUGGACCCGAGCAAAGGGGUGAGGCGCGCAACAAGCCUUAUGCCUACUUGAAGCCCCAGGUCCGGCAGGUCUCCGAAAGGACCAUCAAACAGAAGUGGUCCACACUUCCGGAGCCGGUUCAAGACAGGGUGCGCGAUAUGUUUCGGGCCCUGGAGCGUCCAGUUAUUGUAAGACAGCAGAACGAGGGCAAACGCAUCGAAGCACAGGCUGCUGUUCAAGCUGUCGUGAAAAAUCUGGGAAAGCGGCUUCCGCGCAUGCCUUUUCCUCCAGUCACGAAAGACUCUGUCUUUGAGUACGAGGCAGCGCUCAAGGAGCAUUGUUCCUUGGAGGCUACUUUAGCCACAGUGACUGAUAGUAUUGAUCUAUUGAAGGCUGAAGUCGAAAAGGAAGAAGCUAUGCUCGAAAGAGAGAAAAAGCAACUGCAGGAGAUGGAGAGAAAUGCGAAGCGAGCAGAAGCGGAGAGGAAGAGGCAAUCGAAGAACGAGCACCCUGUUCUGCGGCAGGUCGACAGCUUGCCUGACGAGUAUAACCAGAAGCAGUCCGAAUUUACCCUUGCGGGAGGAAAAGAAACCCAAACGAUGUUCGACGAGCUUGAAAAUGACCCAGAGGUCUCGAAUAUCCUGAAACAACUGACUGGGCAUCUGAAGUCAAUGCAAAACAAUACCGCACCCGUUGCCGGUUUGAAGGACGCAAUUGGCAGGUCGCAUGCAGCAUUGAGUCUAACUUUUAUGCCCGAAGAUUGA